CUGUCGGCGUGCUCCUUGAUCGGCGCCGCUGCCUCGCCCACCGUGUCCUGCCGCCGGCUUAUGCGACCCCUGCACGCGGCAUAUAACUUGAGUCGGCCGGUGGCUUUUCAGAUGUGUGGGUACUCGUGUUUGUGGAGGUCGCUUAUAUAAGCAAAAGAUGAGCUCAGCUUUGUUUGUCCAAGAAACGCACGAACCUUGCGGCGCUGGCUGAGACUCCUCCUUGACGAUCUUCUUCUUCUUCAUCGUCGCCGCUCUAGUAUCUCUCUUCUUCUUCUUCUUCUUCUGGACGAUCGUCCUCCAUUGUCUGCGGCCAGCCAUCUCCUCUACUUGCCGUACCUUGCCGCGAUCUGGUCGAUUCCUUUUCUAUAUCAUGACCUUGUGGCUUGUUUAUAAUUGUGAGUUCUGGCUGGAUGUCCAAUUCCAGUUCGAUAGGGACUCGGACCAGAUUCGCUUGAUGUAAAAGGCAACGUCAAAUAUCGAAAGAAACUCCAGUCUAUUAAGCACGCGGCAAUGGAAGAGGACGCAGGGGACACGACGAUCAACUUCUGGAAGGACCCUAACGGCGAGUCAUGCUGCAUCUGCGGGGAAGAGGACGCGGAGGAGAAGCACGUCGAGCUCGCCUGCCCCUACGACUACCUGGUGUCGCCGGCCGGGUACGUGCCCUGCAGGGCGAGGCGCGCCGUCUGGAGGGAGGACGGGGACGCGCCGUCCAGCCACCGCCUCUUCCUGCGGCGCUUCGUGCGCGUCACCAACCUGCCGGAGCGCUGCCCCCGCCCGGCUCGCCUCGCCGCGCUCUUCGCCCGGUUCGGGCCGCUGCGGAUGUGGCACGUCGCCAUGGACGCCCCCGCGGUGUGCAAGGGCUUCGCCUGCGUGGUCUUCGAGCGCCGGGAGGAUGCCGAGAAGGCCAUUGAUGAGCUCAACUGCUAUGACUUUGACGGCCGUAGCUUGCGAGUAGACUGGUUUUAUCCCAGCGCGUGACUGAAUUCAGCUACGAGUAAUAAUAAGGAGGUGGCCAAACUUUGGCAUUAUCAGUAGGCAAACGCUAGGU